AUGGAGACUGUUGGGAAUAUGGUUGUUAAAUACUGGGACAACCAUAGAAGUCUUGAUCAGAAAAUGAUUGACCUAAAAAGAAAAUUGGUUGAUUUAAAUGCCCUGAAGCAAGACGUUGAAUCAAGAAAGAGGGCAGAGCUGCAUCCGAGGAAGAAACUGAAGUCACAAGUUGAUGUAUGGUUCCGAAAUGUUGAAAGAAUAAAUGAUGAGAUACAAAACCUUGAUCAAAGAGUUGCGCAAAGCAUUUCCAUCUCACGUGGAUUUUGCAUGGAAGAUGUUUUAAAAAAGAUACAAGAAGUUGAGGAGCUUCUUCAACAGGGUAAGUUUGAUCAAGGUUUGGUAGUCGAUGACCUUAUGUGGAUUGGACAAGCUUUGUCAACAACAAAUUUAGUUGGGAAAGCUGCAGAGAUCUGUAUGGAAGAAAUUUGGACAUGCUUGAUGGAUGAUGAUAUUGGAAAGAUUGGUGUUUGGGGAAUGGGAGGAUUAGGUAAAACAACAAUCAUGAAGCUCAUCAACAACCAACUCUUAAAAAAGACUGAAAAGUUCAACACUAUUAUAUGGAUCACCGUAUCAAAGGAGAUGAACAUCUCCAACAUUCAAAAAGGCAUCUUACGUGCAAUGAGAGAAAAGCUUCAUGAAGAUGAGGAUGAAACUAUAAGGGCAGGAAUGUUAAAUGAAAUGUUGACUCGAAGGGGCAGGUAUGUUUUAAUUUUAGAUGAUCUAUGGGACAAACUUUCUCUUGAAGAAGUAGGAAUCCCCGACCUUUCUAACGGGAGUAAGUUAGUGGUAACGACUCGGAUGUUGGAUGUGUGUCGCUAUUUGGGUUGUCGAGAAAUUAGAAUGCCUACUCUUCCAAAACAAGAUGCGUGGAGUUUGUUUUUGGAGAAAGUAGGUAGAGAUGUUCUCAAAUAUCCAGAUCUGUUCCCAAUUGUGGAAUCCGUUGUUGAACAAUGUGCUGGUUUGCCGUUAGCUAUAGUUACAGUAGCUAGCAGUAUGAAGGGCAUAACAAAUGUUCAUGAAUGGAGGAAUGCACUAAAUGAAUUAAGUCGACGUGUAAGAGGUGUGACUGGGUUAGAUGAAAAGGUACUUCAGCAACUCCAAUUUAGCUAUGACCAUUUAGAACAUGAAAGAGUCCAGCAUUGCUUCCUCUAUUGUGCAUUAUAUCCCGAAGAUUAUAGUAUCCAUGAAAGGAUACUAAUAGAACUUUGGAUUGCCGAGGGGCUUGUGGAAGAAAUGGAUAGCCAACAAGCAGAGCUUGAUCAGGGGUAUACCAUAUUGAAUGAACUCAAAAAUAAUUGCUUGUUAGAAAAUUGUGAAUAUCCAGAACUUGUGAAGUUGCAUGAUCUUGUGAGAGACAUGGCGCUACGAAUCACGAGACCACGGUUCCUAGUAAGAGCCGGCUUGCAAUUGAAAGAGAUACCACAUGUGCAAGAAUGGACAAAAGAUUUAGAAAAGGUUUCAUUGAUGAGUAAUUAUGGCUUGCAAAUUCCAUCACAAAUGUCACCACCAAACUGCCAGAUGCUCACAACUUUAUUGUUGUCUGAUUGUGGUAUAAAGAGUAUUCCAGAUUGUUUCUUUGAGCAAAUGAAGGGACUCAAAGUUCUUGACCUUUCCGGGAAUAAUUUUAGAAUUUUACCAAGUUCCAUCUUUAACUUGGAAGCUCUCACUGUGUUAUUGGUAAGAAGAUGUGAUUAUUUAGAAGAGGUGCCAUCUUUCUCAAAACUUGAAGCUUUAAAGAAGUUGGAUCUUUCAGGUAGAGCAAUCAACUAUGUCCCGCGUGGAAUAUUUCCAAAAUUUUCAUGCUUGCGGGACCUGGUGAUAUUUGAUGACGAUCAACCAGUAUGUGUUAGAGGAGAAGAGAUAGGUGAGUUAAGGAAGUUGCUCUACUUUAAAGGGUGGUUUUAUGACUUGAAUGAAUUGAAUACUUUUGUGCAAACUUCGCAGAGUCGAGGACAACGGCUUAUUCGAUACUACGUGGUUGUGGGUCUUAAAAAAAUCCCUAAUGACAGCCCAUGGGAUAAAUACAUUGAAUUAUCUGGUUGUAAGAUCUGUAGAAAUGGUGUCAAGUUCCCAUCCGAUCUUCAGCAAUUGAGAAUUAACUAUGGCAUUGUUGAUUUCCCAGAAGAAGAGGUGUUUUUUCCAUGUUUUAUCCCAACGCCAAAUGGCAUGUUUUCUUUUCUUAAAGAAAUUUAUAUAUUUAGAUGUGAAAAAAUAAAAAAGUUGUUCACGUGUAGUUGGGUGCUAAGUAACCUCCCAAAUUUGGAAGUGUUAACUGUUGAGAUAUGUCACGGCAUGGAGGAAAUAAUAGCAUCAGAAAUGGAAUUCGUUGAAGAAGAAAGAAUGGGUGGUAGUAACAGUAAUACCAUCCAAUUCACUCUUCCCAAAUUAAGGAAAUUGGACUUGAGGUUGUUACCGGAUCUGAAAAGUAUUUGUGGUGCAAAUAGAGUAAUGGUGUGUGAUUCUAUUGAAAAGAUUACAAUCGAUCAUUGUCCAAAAUUGCAGAGGAUUCCUCUGUAUCUUCCACUACUUGAUGAUGGCCAACCAUCUCCUCCUCCCUCUCUUAAGGAAUUCUUUAUAUCUUCAAGGGAGCAGUUGAGAUCGGCGGAGUGGGAUCAUCCCAAUGCCAAGUCUGUACUGGAGCCAUUUAUUACGCACUGGAGGCUCUGACUUGUAUAUCUCUCUCCUUAUUUGCCUGACAAGAAUGCUCCUCUCUUGACAGUCUAUUCAAUUGGUGGAGAGAAUCGUGAGAUGCUCCUAUUGCUACCAUCAAAAGCAAGUAGCCACAUCUGAUUGUUUGUUGCUUGAUCGCAAUCCCAUACGAGAUGUCAACAACACAGUUGUGGCCUAGGUUUUCUCCCAAAGUUUGGUCUGCUGUAUGCCACAAUCCUUCAUUUAUUAGUAUGCAAGUAAAGGAACGAAGGCAGGUGAAUUCUUAGGAUUCCGGGAAGAUGUUGCUGCUUUCAAGAAAGGCAAUGAGGAAGUUGGAGGAGAAGGUGUGAAAGAGGAAGAAGGGAAGAUUACUAAACAUAUGUUUUAUGAAGCAGCAGCUAAUGCUAGAUCGCAAUGCCAUAUGAGAUCUAAGGAUGACAUCAUUUACCAGCCAGCCACAACGGUACCUGAGGGUGAUAUUGCUAAUGUGUAGCAUGCCUGAGUGCAUGAUUGGCAACAACACAGUCAUGACCUAGGCUUUCUCCCAAAUUAACCACAACUUUGAUCUAGUGUAUGCCAAACAAGACUUCAUUGAUUACUAUGCAAGUGAAGGAAUGAAGGCAAGUGAAUUCUCAUAAACCCGUGAAGAUGUUGCUGCUCUCAAGAAAGACUAUGAGGAAGCUGGAGCAGAAGGUGUGAAAGAGUAAGAAGGCAAGAUUACCAAGCAAAUGUUUCAUGAAACAGCAGCUAAUGGUCUACUCUGUUCCUAAUCUCAUUUUUACUUCAUCGGCUGUUUAUUGUUGUAAAUUUGUCCAUGUAAUACAUCCCUUGAUUUGUCUCUCUUUCUAUGUGAAGUGAGUGGUUUUUCAAGUACAGUUGUGAGAAUUUGGAGUUU